CGAAUCCUAUAUUAUAUCGUCCGGAUUUUGUAGGUGGGUCGUUGUUACCUCCGGAUUGAAUCUCAUCGCGAUCCUCCUCCAGUUAAAAACUUGCACGCGCUCGUUUAUUCCGGACUCUUUAAUACCGCGCCGAACCGUUACUUCUCGUUCCCGACGAUGUCACCACUUUGCUGGCUCCGUUUCGUUCUUCUAUUGGUGAUGAUGGUUCGUGGUACCGUUUCCUUCAGUUCCUAUCUACUCGAGUUGACGAUUGGACCGCGGCUGAAAUCUUUAGAAACAUUAAGAAACCAAGAAGAUUACAAAAAUUCAACAUCCCUCGAUGCAGUGAAAGAAUUAGUUAAUAAAUAUGGUUAUCCACUUGAAGCUUAUCAAAUUACAACGACGCAAGGUUACAUUAUUACUUUACAUAGGAUACCUUAUGGAAGAAAACGAACCGGAAGAAAAAGACAGGUGGUAUUGUUACAUCCGGGUUUUUGUGGUUCACCAGAAUUAUUUUUAUUUCGAGGACCUCAACAUGAUAUGCCUUACUUAUUCACCGAUUCAGGUUAUGAUUUUUGGUUCAUCAACAAUCGAGGUAACACAUACUCAAGAAAUCACGUCACUUUAAAUCCGGACGUUGAUAAAGAGUUUUGGAAUUUCACUUUAGACGAUUCCGGUUUACACGAUUUACCGAAUUCUGUUGAUUUUAUAUUAGAGAAAACCGGCCAAGAUGGUUUAAUCUUAAUCGGAUAUUCAAUGGGUGCCGGUGUUGGUCAAAUCAUGUUAUCCCGAAGACCAGAGUAUAAUCAGAAAAUUAAAUUAUUUAUUAAUUUAGCACCGAGUGUUUAUGUGAUGCACCAGUUGAUGCCUCAACUACAAAUGGUUUUUAAUUUAAUUCCUGUUCUUGCGGAAAACAUUAUGAACAAUUAUAAUAUUUACGAAUUAUUUCCACGAACUAAAACUCGAGAAGAAAUUUUAACAGCUUUUUGUCAAAAUGGCUCAAGAACGCAACGGUUGUGUGUAAUGAUAGCGUUUUUAGCUAUGGGAUUUGAUUAUGAACAAUUUAACACGGAUAAUUUUCCAAAUAUUUUUAAAUAUUUUCCGGAUGGGACAUCAAUUCAAUCGAUUCUUCAUCUACAACAAAUGUACACAACGGGUGAAUUUAAACCAUACGAUUAUGGAAACGAAACGAAUCAAAUUCUUUAUAAUUCUACGAAACCCCCGGAAUAUGAUUUAACGAAAAACGUAGCACCGAUGGCGAUUUAUUACGGCGAUGGGGAUUAUAUUGUGGCCAAAGAAGAUUGUGUGUUUUUAGCUGAAAAAUUACCGAAUGUUGUCGGAUUAUUUCGAGUUCCGUUUAGAAAUUUUAAUCAUUUAGAUUUUAUGUGGGGUAUUAACGCAAAAGAACUUGUUUACGACCAUAUGAACAAAUUAAUAAAUAAAUAUAGACAAUAUUAAGUGUAGUAUGGUUUAAUAAAUCAAUUAAAAACUUGUUGUUUUUAAA